AUGAGAAUAUUCCCUUUCCUGAUAGUUUUGAUAGCUUUCAUUGGUAUUUUUGUUAUCUCUUGCGAAGCUCGGGGAGGAGGUCGGGGCGGAGGUCGGGGUGGAGGUGGUCGUGGAGGUGGUCACGGAGGUGGCGGUCGAGGUGGCGGUCGAGGAGGUGGUCGAGGAGGAGGCGGUCGGGGAUGGGGACGUGGAGGCGGUGGAGGUGGCUGGCAUCGUCCGAAUCAUUGGGGAGGAGGUUCUCGAUACAAUGGAGGAGGUGGAAACUCCCAUUAUCACACCACGAACUACUACGGAAAUCGGUAUUAUGGUGGCACUGGAGGAGGAUGGGGCCUCCGACGUCUCCUUUUUGGGGGACUAUUCAGAAGACCAUCUUAUUACCCAAAUUAUUAUAACUAUGAAAACUAUGACCAGGGAUAUUGUAGAGUGGCUCAAUUCGUUGAGUAUGUUGGAAGUACACCCCGAUACUACUGUGACUGCCCACCGUAUCCUCCAAAUUAUCAAUGGGAUCAAUGUGUUCCAAUGCCAGCUUACAGAAAGAAAAAAUAG